AUGAAGCUGGGAAAGCAAGAAGCAAAUUCAGCAUCACAGCUUAGACGUAAAACGUCAUUUGCAAACUCAUCCUUAAGCAGCAAUUUACUGGAAAUAAAUCUGUGGAUGAAAAAGAAAAACAAGCUCGUUGAAAACAUAAGAAGCACAAAAAGACGGUGUAAAACUGAGAAAAAAUGUGGAGAAGAAAACGUUGAAUGA